AUGCCCAAGGAAGGAAGAGAGCCUGCUCAAUUUCGUGUCGUUGCGGAACAAUUCGUGGCUAUUCACCAUUACCUUCUUUCAAAUGCCGAAGAUCUUAGCAAAGUCACCAACCUAUAUUCACAUCCACAAGUUUGGGGACAGGUAACAAAGUUUCUUAGCCUGGACGUCUUGCCAGGUAAAUAUUCCAAGAUCGACACUUCAUCUACAGCUCAAGCAGCUGAGUUUGUGAAAAGUGACGACACCAACACCUCGGCAUGCAUCAGCUCCCAAACUAGUGCACAUCUCUAUGGUGUUCCUAUUAAGGCUGCGGCCAUUGAGGAUUUUAAGGGAAACACUACAAGAUUUUUGGUAUUGGGCUACUCAGAUAAAGAAAUUGAACAUGGUGAAGAUGGAGAAAAGCCCAAUCUAGGAACUCCAAUCGAUUCAAGUCCAGAUAGGAAUCUGGAUUCUGAAGAAAUCAAUGACAUUACCCUUCUCAUGUUUGUAUUGAACGCUGACGACCCAGGAGCCCUUUGUCUGGCUCUUGGAGCAUUCCAGAAGAACAAUGUGAACCUCACCUCUAUUUCAUCCAGACCUUCAGGUAGGACUCGCUGGCAGUACAUUUUCUACUUGGAAGCAGCCGGGAACGCUAAGAAUGAAGCCAUGCAUGCAAGCAUUAACUUGCUCAAGCCUCAUUGUACGCAGUUGGCAAUUGUGGGAACGUUUGCCAGAUCCUGGAGAUAUGGAGAGCAAGAAUGA